AUGAAAAGUGAUAUUCAUAUUGCUAGUGACAAUGCCACAAGAAAUGAGGAGAGCUGUGAAAAGACAUGGAAAAGAAGACCUAGUGAAUUGAAACAAAAAAGACCAAGAGGAGGUGUGUUUCUGGCUGGAGCUGAAAUUUCUCCUAGUGCUGAAGAUAGCCUUGCUUUUACUGUUAGUGCUGCUUCAGGAGAUAUAUACAGACUUCAAGCUCACAAUGCAAAAGAAAGACAAACUUGGGUCGAUAAACUGAGAGAUGUAGCAGAUAUUCAUAAUCAAUUCAUUGCAAAAGAAAAUCCCCCUCUUCCUCCUUGGGAAUAUCAACCAACUUUGGAGAAACGAAAGCCAGUGAGCAAAGAUAUUUCUUUUAGUUCAGACACCUCCAGGACUCCAAAUGUGUGGUAUUUAUCACCAGAUAAAACUACUAGUUCUGAUCAUUCAGUUGAAUCCCCUAUCGUUAAUCCUGUGGACACAUUUUCAGGAGGUUUUGUUUCUCCUAGAGAAAUGUUAACUAAAACUGAGUGUAACCAUCAGGCUUUGGUUAAAGCUAUUGAGAAUCUUCCUCCUGAUGGUAAAAUUGCAAACCCUCUUGACAAGGAACUUCUUCUCCUCAAAGCUACAUCCCAAGCCACAGUUCUUUGUUUGGAGCAGUGCUUGUCCAUUAUUCAACAUAAGACUGCAUCUCAAGCUAAACUUCAGGAUGAUUCAAGAAGGAAGGAUUUGAUGUCAUCAGGGACAAAUGUGUCGUCUUUAGCAAGCUCUCCACACCUUCUAACACAAAUGGAUCAUACAACACCUUUCUUGUCCAUCAGUUCUCCUGGACAGCCAGUAGAACCAGUAGACCCGAGUGGAGAAGUAACAGAUGAAGAAGAUGAUAGAAAUGAGGAUCUUGGCUCUGUGGAUGACAUGAAGAAUGUAGUUCUACCUCUUCUGUCCCAACUUAAAUUAGGUGUGGAUCUUACAAAGGUAGUCUUUCCAACAUUUAUCCUAGAACCCAGAUCUCUGCUGGAAAUGUUUGCAGAUUAUUUGGGACAUCCUGAUAUUUUUAUCAGAAUAGCAGAAGCCCAAUCUCCGGAGAAAAGGAUGAUAGCAGUCGUGGAAUGGUUUCUGACAUCUUUUCAUGUGGGUUACAAGGGAUCUGCAGCAAAAAAGCCAUACAAUCCUAUCAUUGGAGAGACUUUUCACUGUUCCUGGAAAGUUCAAAAGAAAGACGUUUGUCAGAACUUGCCGGUUUCGUCAAAUUCUAGUGGUAUGCACCUUUUAGAUGAAGAGUACUGCAUGUUAACAUAUGUUGCUGAACAAGUUUCUCAUCAUCCACCAGUGUCUGCCUUUUAUGUAGAGUGUCCGGAGAAAAAAAUCUGUAUGAAUGGUCAUGUAUGGACCAAGUCAAAGUUUUUAGGAAUGUCUAUUGGGGUCAAUAUGGUAGGAGAAGUAAAAGUGACUUUAGUUGACUUCCAAGAGACAUACAUAUUUAACCUUCCAAGUGCCUAUGCUCGCUCCAUUCUUACUUCUCCAUGGGUUGAGCUUGGAGGGCGGGUAACUAUCUUCUGUUCAAGAUCUGGGUGCAGUUCUGUUCUCACUUUUCACACAAAGCCAUUCUAUGGUGGGAAGCUCCAUCGAGUUACAGCAGAAGUGAAGAAUUGUGUUGGAGAUGUCUUUUGUAGAGUUGGAGGAGAAUGGAAUGGUUCUCUAACAUUUACUUACCAAGACGGUUCAAUUAAAAACUUGAAUGUGGAGAACCUUCCAAAAGUUCCUAAACGAGUCCGGCCAGUUAAAAAUCAAGAUGAAAAUGAAUCAAGGAAAUUAUGGCACAGAGUAACGACAGCCAUUAGAGCUAAUGAUAUGUUUGCUGCUACAACAGAAAAACAGAUUCUUGAAGAGAAACAGAGACGUGAAGAAGAAUGUAGGGAAGCUGCUUGUGUAAGGUAUCAAGGAAAGUUGUUUUCCUUCAGUGACAGCAGUGGGUGGAUGUACAAGUACUCAUUGACUAAUUUUGAAUAAGCAUCAGCUUUCCUCAGAUGUUUUGAAGAAAUUAUUAAAGAAGCUAGUCAUGGUUGACUUUCUGAACACUAAAGCAAUGUAGAUAUGUUUCUGUUGAACAACUAUAAUUUAACACACACUGUCAUAUCAUGCACUACACAUACAAUGUAUUUACAAACAUUAUUUGCACAUGUACUUAUGUAACAUAAAAGCAUAGAAAUAACCUCAUGUUAAGAUGUAUUAUAUGUACUAAACCUGAUAAAAUCAAACUGUUUUUUAUUAUUAAAUAUGGAUAAAUAUGUAGAUAUAACUGGUAAAAAGUAAUCUGCAUGAAAAUAUUUAUUUCAUAAAUAAAUAUCUUGAAGUCUUCUAAUUAACUCUUUGAAUACUAAUUUUGUUGCAUAUGAAUAAUAUAUUUUUCACUAAUUACUUUUGAUAUGGUAAUUGGGAAGGAUCUGAAUUAUGUUCACUCGGUAAAUUUUAUUUCAUUUAGGAAAUAUAAAUCAAAAGAGCUUGGAAAUGUGCCUGUGUUUUUUGUUCAUGUCUUUAAUAAAUUUCAUUUUAUUUGGUAUAUCGCUUAGUCUUUAGCUAAGAACUUAAAAAUAUAUACAGUUACAGUUAACAAGAUGAACAUGGAAGAAAAUGGUAUCAGUGUCAUAAUAUUUUAUGUAAAGUUAUGUAUGCAUGUACAUAUAUAUAUGUACGUACAGUUGCUUAAGUACAAAUCUGAGUACUCUGAAUUUCUGUCUUUAACUAACUGUUCUCUGCUGUACACGAGUGCAAGAGUACAUUUUAUCUUAAUUGCAUGUCUGUCAGUUAUUAUCAUACGCUUGCUUGCAACUAAUUAAAGUACGAGCCAGUGUAAGUAAUACUGUGGUUUACUUCAAAGUUUAUGUUACGAAACAUGUCAUUUCCCAGUUGUUAAAGGAAAUCUUCAUACAGACUUUAAAAAAAAUGUGUGUGUGUGUUAUUAGUUUGAUUAAAAUUAAAUCAACUGAAAAAAUAUCAGACACUCAAAUUAAUCAUUUUUGAUAAUGUUAUCAUCUUUAGCAACAUAGAAAUUGUGUUGUUUUCACCCCUUUUAAGUCUGGUCACUGCUACUGUUGAGGUUUAAGAAAUCAGUUUUAAUUCACUUAACCUAAGUUUUGUUUUUCAUGUUUUCUCAAAAUCUAGAUGUCAGUUGUGAGUAUACAGAUAGAGAAGUUUUAAUAUCUAGAACCUUACAAAAAGCAGUUGAUAAGACAGCUGUUGUUUGUACUACAUAUACAAAUAUCUAAAAUUAUUUAGACAGAGUGGUGUGUCUUCUGUCAUACAGAACCCCACCUUUUUUAUAACUAUGUUUCAGAAUCACAAUACUAAGGAUUUGAAAAUGUUUUGUUCAGUAAGAAUUAACUCUUUUUUUUUCUUUGUCAUUCAUUUGCCAGUUGGAUCAUUUUGAUAGGAAACAAGUAAAAAAAUGUACUAAAAACAAACAUGUAGAGUUUCGUAUGAUUUUCUUCAAAGUUUGAUUUUGCCAACUUUAUCAGAUAUAUUGCUUAUAAAAGUGAGCAUGAUCCUGUCUGUCUUGUGUUUUUUUUUACUAUAAGAUUAAGGAUAUUAAAAUACCUGGUGCAGUUUACAGACAAACAAUUUCUAUAGAAGUACCAAUCCUAUAUUAGGAAACAUUGUAGGGAUGUCUGUCCACUCCUUCAUUGGAGACUUUUCAACUCUCUCUAUUUAGACCACUUCUAAAUGUUUCAUCCAGUGAAAAUCCAUUGAAAUCUGUUGAUGAUGUAUUCAAAAUCCCUGCAUUCCCAUUUCUCUUUGAGUCUUUCCUAAAUGGUGCAGUUCACAAAGAUCAUAUCAUAUCCACAGAAGUCCUUUGGUUCUCUAUUAGGAUAUGCCUCUUGGAAAUUCCAGCUAAUAGGAUAGCUGAGUCUAGCAUGUACUGUAAAGAUGAGGACUCAAAGAAAUGGACACAACAUACUGAUAACUUUUCGUGAUGUUUCAUCUUGUUUUUGUUCUUUUCUGAAACUCUUCCUUUAAAACAUUUGCUGUAAAACAGUUUUUUGGUAGUGUUGUGAACUUAAUUAAGGCUUAUAUUUGAAACACCAGAAAUGUCUCACCCUAUAAGAAUUCUGAAGAAGCUGUCAGUGAAUGUGAUCUAAUUUUUCAUUUGUUGUUUCUGCUUGAAAUGUUAUAGAGGCAACUUUGUUUUCAUUUGUUACCAAGGUAUGGUUAUUUUUCUUCCAGUGUUACAACAGACUUAUCUCUUUCAAGCCCUCUCACAAACCUUCAGAUAACAUAUUUUGCUAUUGUAUGUUUUUUUUUUAAAUUUGUGAACCCUGGUUUUGCUACUUAUUUCUCUCAGAUUGUGUCUUUGGAAAUUGUAUUUUCUAUAUAGUUUGUGGGUACACCAAGCAUAUGGUAUAAUGAUUUGUUUGAGGUGGCUGAUGAGCAAAUAUGUAGAGCACUUUAACCGAUUGACUACUGAGGCACCUAUAGAGUAUGUCCACCUCCAGCAGUGGAAUGUGAGUGUGCUGUAUAUAGUGUAUUGCUUGCAAAAAUUCUGUGCACAUUUAAAACAGCUUCAGUCAAAGGGUUAAUGUUCAGUUGCAACAUAUUUUAAUUUAUCUGUAAAGUUUGUUUUAAUGGCCCUUGUCCCCAACUAUUUUAUUUCCCCCUGGUCAGCGGUCUCACUGUAUUAAGAACAACUGGCAGGUAUAUCUCAAUUAGUUGUAGUAUUUUGGAAAUCAUCUUUGUUAAUACUUUUUAUCUAUUUUAAGUUAUAAUAACCCAAGAUGUGUAUUAACUCUUCAGUUGCACACAAACAAGUUAAAUAUGAUUGAAAAUUUCAUCGUACAUUAGUUAUAUUUGAUUUGACUAUAAGCAAGUAAUAUGCAUUCUUUUAAGUAAACGAUUUGAGUGUUUAAUAUGAUUGCUUUUUGAAUAUGCACUGCUUUAACAUCAUAGCUGAGUUUAAUUUUAUUGUAAAUUACAUGUUGCUUUGAGGUGUUAAACAUUUGUGUGGUGAAGAACUUAACUGACUGAUAAAAAAGGAACUUAUUUACUCUGUAAGUUUAUUUUUGCAUCAACAUUCUUGAUGGCUUGUCCUAUCAUCCAUAUGUCGGAUAAGCUUUACCCUUUCAUGGAUGGUAUUUGUCUUGGAUGAAGGUAAAUAAACUUUUGAUAUCUUAAA